GAGCUAGAAGGUUAGCGCGUUUUGUUCGCGGACGCGUACGUGCCAAAUUUUGAAUGCACGGGGUACGAUGCUGGGUGCUUGAUGAGGCAUCGGUCCUAAAAUAAAGUGUAUAUUGUGACAAAUUUUUGACUAGAUAGACAAAUAUUAAAGCUUAUACUGCAGUUGGCCAAGAGUUACGCUUCGUAGUAUGUUGUCGAUAUGCGAUCGAACAUGUAAGUUUUUAUUGAGUGGUAUGCUGAGUGAGUACCGCAGUGUUUACUUUGAUUAUAUCACACAACAAACGAGCCAGCAACAAUAGCAUUGUUUUGACCAUUGGUGUCGGUUUGAGUGCAGGUGCUUUGUUUUCAUAACGUGUCACGGUGAUGAGCGUUAAUGAGCUAGUAGUUGUGAACGUAUUGAAGCAGUGGAAGAACUGAGUCUGCGCAUGUAACAGACCCCAGCAGGAGUAUCACCACAGUGUGAACGAGAAAAUGCUAGCUAGAGAGCGUACCAGUACCUGAUGGUUUGCUGAGUGAGGUGCAAAUGUUGGCGAUAAUGGAACAAAAACAACGUAGUUAGAGAAAAGUGUGGGGAGGUGAAAAUACAGAAAAAAAGCUACAGUACAACUUAGUAUUUGGGAGAAUCGAAACAGGUUGCUUUGUUUUCAACAAUUUGGAUUGGUUGCAGUUUUUCUUCAAAAUGGCUAGACACAAGGGCGGCUGCCGCUCAUUUUCCGCGCCACUGAUUCCACCGACGAUCUGCAGUACUUCCAAUUCAGUAACUACAGCACAGCUCAGCAACAACAAAAACAACGAAGAACGAACCACUAUCGAGAGUUGCAGAAACGUUCCGGUGCCACCGCUGGCGAACAAACAUAACAAUAUCAAUAAUGACAACGACUUUAGUACCUUCCGGGCCUUCGUCGCCCUCGGCACCAGCUGCCCAGAUUGUGGUUUUACGCUCGAAGAAAUCUCCACCUUCGUUGACUGUUGAUCACCAGAAUCUUACCCCACCAUCCGUGGCUGGAGGCGGUCGUGUUCUGCAUAAGGAGAUUUUGGCCGAAAAUCGAACCAGCUCGCCCUCACUGAAAACACUACAUAGUGAUUUGAGUGAACUUCUAGUGAAGAACCUCAAUCUGAAACGGGUUAGUGGGGAAAUUUGUGAAAAGUGUCCACCCGAGAACGGGGCCGAAGAUCUGUUGCAAAGCAGCGGCAGUAUCAUACCGCAGUCAUGCGAGGAUAGUGAUAGUGAUUGUCUUAUUCAAAAUCGUAAGCCGAACCGUAACUCGCUGUGCGAUACGUUCAGUUCGGUUAAUAAGUUGAUCAAGUUGAAGCGGGUUUCUAGUGAUAGCAGUAGUAUUAGUGGUUAUAUGAAAGUCCAUUCAGGUGGUGAGGUGCAUAGCAUAAAUCCACCACCCCAAGCGAAAUUCAAACGGGUAGAAAUAAGCGUCCAGGAGCUACCCAACACUGAAAUUAUUACUCCACGGAAGAAUAUUAUCGUGAAUCAGUUUGACCAGCUACCGCUGGAUAAAGUCGAAAGUGUACCUUUGUUGUGUGAUAGAAAAUUAGUGUUUCAAACUGCCGAUAAAGAAGAAGAGUUGCAGAAGACGUUAUCUCUAACCGAAGAAGUUGGGACCGAAUUAGAAGGCCUAGGAAGUUGCGAAACAUUCAACGUAGAUUAUAGGGUUCGUCGAAGAACUCAACGGCCGGCGAAAAGCCGGGGUUGCACAACACUGGAGUCUGUCGAAGAAGAGUUCCAUAAACGGCGUAGUUUGCAGUGGCCUCUUGGAUUGUCGGAUUGGGGCGGACAAGUGACGACUUCAACGUCGAUCAUUUCCGAGGAGACGGCGGACGGUGUUGGGGAGGAACGAAAGGGUAAAACUAACUUCAGACAUUCCUGGAACGCACCAGGAUACGAUCUGCUGCUGGAGGAAGAACAAGGAAUACAGUCAAGCAAGGAUUUUGCAUCGAUAGUGCACAAUCUGGCUGGUCUACGAAGCGCUCUUACCAAUGGGGGAACCCAUGAACAUGCUUCUCUGCUGGAACCACAAUCACCCCAGAUAAGUGGCCUAAAGUCAUCGGUAGUAUCUAGUGGCGGUACCCAAACAGGCCGCCGAUCGACAACCGUCUGUGUGCCAACAUCUCCAGUGGUUUCAAUAGCCGACGGUCAGCAUCCGGUUUCGCUGGGCGGUGCUGUACCUCGAAAGCGGCGAUUGGAAGCAUUUCUGAAAAGUCUAGUCGGGCGAAGACCAUCAAAGGAACCUCCGCCGGUUCCACCACCUCCUCCUCCGCCACCUCCUCAAUCCAUCACAUCCGCAAAUGUAGCCACUGCACCCCUUCUGUCGCCGGAGAUUAAGAUUAGUAAGAGUCCUUCCGAGCACAAUCUGGUCGAAAUGACGCGAAGCCGACUGAAUAUUUCCACUACUUCGCUGAGUUCCGUUCACCAGAAACUGUGGUCGGUAGUUCCUCUGCUGAAAAAAGAGGUAAGCUGCAAUAGUUUGGCUCCUCCGAAAUCCGUUCCAUUGCUAGGACCGCACCCCGGAGGGCUGCGUAAAUGCGAAACAGUCCUCGCUCUAACCACCACUCAAACGGUGGAACCUAUCAAACCGAAGAAUCGUUUACGCCACUGCGUAUCGGUAGCCACAUGCUCCCGCUGUUCUAGUCUUCUCUCACUGGCAGCCGCCGGGUCUCGGUACUCGCUGAAUAUCUCCAACGGAGGAUUCGUUGCUGUCAAUGGCGCUACUUCCAACGGCAUCGAUGCCAACGUUUCCGCCACCGAAAGCGGAGGCGGCGGCAAGCAUGUUAGCAAUUUGCUUCGACUGACCAAAACUUUUUCGGAAUCAUCUUCCUCGUCGACGUCGUCACCCCGCGCUUCCUCGUCGUCUCCUACUGCGUCAACCAGUUCGCAUUCGGGGACGUCCUCGUCAUCGCCGUCGGCCAGCAGUAGAGCGUCGGUAACGUCACGUUCGGCUAUGCUGGCACCACCCAGCCCUACCAUCGUCAGUGGUAAGCAUGUCGUGAUAGUUCCGGCGACGGCCCCGGCAACCGGCACCGGUGCAAUUAAUCCGACGGCGAAAUACACCUGCAAGCUGUGUCUCGGCGAGUUCAGGGGUGACAAUCUCACUCGGAUAUCGCAGUGCGGAUGCUCGUUUUGUACAGAGUGCAUGACGGCGUAUAUCGAGUUUGAGAUCUCCGAGGGUGCGUACGAAGUGUCCUGCCCGGAUGCAAUGUGCCCCGCCCAGGGCAUUAUUACGAUUGGCGAAAUUACGACGCUGGCAUCGCUCUCGCUGGUGGAGAAACACCACCGAUACCGACUGAAUAGAGAAGUGGAACUGGACAAAUUUCGCACCUGGUGCCCCAAAGCCGGCUGUGAAACCAUCUGCCUGGUCGGCCAGAACCAGCAAUCGAACAGUAGUAACUCGUCUUCCGAUAGAAUAGUUCAACUGCAACCAUCAUCCUCAUCGAGCCUGCCGUCGCCGUGUGCCGUGCACUGUCCUACCUGUCGGGAGGACUUUUGCUCCGGUUGUAAGAAAGCGUGGCACCCGACGAUGUCCUGCGAGGAGAACACCCGACGGUUGGCCGCCGACGGCCAAACCGAUGCGCUCGGAAUCCCGUUCGAUAAUGAUCUCAUAAAGUGCUGUCCGAUGUGCGCCGUUCCGAUCGAGAAGGACGAAGGCUGUGCGCAGAUGAUGUGCAAGCGCUGCAAGCACGUCUUCUGCUGGUACUGUUUGGCUAGUUUAGAUGAUGACUUUCUUCUGCGGCACUACGACAAGGGACCAUGCAAGAACAAGCUGGGCCAUUCGCGUGCUUCCGUCGUUUGGCAUCGAGCACAGGUGAUCGGAAUUUUCGCCGGAUUCGGCAUACUGCUGCUGGUGGCGUCUCCGCUGCUGCUGCUGGCAGCUCCCUGUAUCGUGUGCUGUAAGUGUAGAAUUUGCAGCGGUGCUGCCAAGCUGGAGGAAACCGAGGUAGACUACGAUGACGCUGCCGUGGCUUUGCAGAGUCAUCGAUAAUUUCGGCAGAAAUUAGGUCGUUCAGCGGCUAAGGCUUUUUAUUACUAUCUAGAUGUAUUGAUCGAUAUUAACUGAAACUUCGUGGAUAGUUUGAUUUUCGGAUUGUGACGAUGAUGUGCCACUAAAAAAGAAACAGCGAAAAUGAUUCUAAAAAUCAUCCGGUUAGUCAUUGCCAUGUCGAUGCUCUAGGUGAAAAAAUCAUUAAUUUUUUCGAUAUUUGAUUGGUGACCGUAUACUUGGGAUGGUUUUGAUUGGUUGAACGAACAUCUAAAUUUAAUUACUACUGUUUCAAAAUUUAAACAAACGUCUAAUAUUUAUAAUAGUUUUGAUUGCAUUACACUACUGAAGGGACUUACAAAAGUAUUAAAAAUUAUCCGGUAAUAUUUCUCUAAUAAAGGAAACAAAUUGGGACCUAGAGGCCAUAGCAUAGAGGACUUCAGCCUAAUGCAAAAAAAAAAUAUUUAAGUUUUGUAGGUCUAAUGCGUGACCUAGCACGUUUUGCCAGUUUCAUUCUAUUCAGCGCCGUAGCGUGCAGUUGGCCAGACUGGUCCCCGCUAAGGAUGCUAGCAGAAUCCAAGCAGGCAGAGUAACUAAAUUAAUUGAACUUUCAGUCUUAAUUUAACAUAUAUAGACCAACCACAAAAACACGUGGUUGACCUUGAAAUGAAGUCAAGCAUAUACAAUUAAUAUUUUUUGAAACGGUGGUUCUUUAACAAUUGACGAAGGGACGGUAGAAGAACGCAAUGGAAAUUUUAGAGUGUUGAUGAAAGAGUGGAAAGGUGAGAGAGGGAGGCGGGGUUAUUGGUAGCUACGCUUAACAAGUAUUCGUUGUGACUCCUACCUUUUGUCCAAUGCUGGAAGGUGCAUGGCUCGAACCAAGCUAUAAUCUGAGAUCUGUAACCGGAUUCGAACCCACAACACCCGCCAGACUUGAUAAUUGAAUCCAUGUAGUCAUAUUCGAAGGAUGCGAAUGCGAUUGAUACCUGUGGUACUUUUAGCAUAUAGUCCAUAGUGCUCACUUUAUGAUCGCUCUGCUUGGCCAGCAUGGACGACCAUACAUAAAAUGCCAGGGGAUUAAGAUCCGUGGAUCUGGGAGGCCACAAAGUCUUAUCGAGAAAAUCAGUCAAAUUCUCCCGAUACCACGCUUGGACGAUAUUCGCCGUGUGGGCCGGUGCGCCGUCCUGUUGAAAGACGUAAUGAUCUUUCCCGUAGAGGUCACGAAGUACAGGGGCCACAACCUUCUCCAGAACCUCGGUUUUAUAGCACGCGGCGUUGAUUUUCACUUUUUUCUCGAUAAACGUCAGUGGAAGCUUCCCACGCUUGGAAACGGUUCCCCAAACCAUCGCCGACGCGGCGCUCUGGAGCCGCGGGAUGUUUAUGUGGGACGGGGGGAUGCUGUCCAACGUCGGCGCCCACAGUCGAUCAUUUUGGACAUUGUGCAGCUGUUGCAAGAUGAAGAGUUACUCAUCACAAAACACGAACUCCUGACCAGCGUGCCGCGCCUCUUCGUCGUUGUAGCCUCCGUUAUCCCAUGAACCUUGCGUUUCUUGAUACGGCUUGCAUCCCAGGUCCUUCGCCAUGAUGGUGUGGUCGAUCGACACAUCUAGGUCAACAGCGGUCUUCCGGAUCAAGCGGUUCAUUUUUCGACGAACCCGCCCCCUCACAACCUUGAGGGCUGCUGGCGUCCUCGCCGAACGCGGCCGCCCGGAUCUACCACGGUCCUUGGCCGAGCCCAUCUCUCAGUAACGACGGAUGGUGUUAUAGAUGAAAUUCCGCUUCACCCCGUAGUAUUUCCAUCUCCGAAAUAUGUCGCUGGAUCGCUCACCUUUCGCAAAAAACUACGACGUUGCGGUACUCCUUCAUCGCGCGCGGUAGACAAAUAACAAAUGACAUUAAGUCGACACCUUGCGCGUCGGUUAGCCUAUAUAUGUAUAAGGCUAAAGCUGACACCAAUACCAAUACACAGAAUGCAAAUGAUGCGCACUUACACAACGAUGAAAAGUUGUAUUCGAGCUUAUUGAACAUCCUGUAUAAAGCUCCUUGUUGUAAAGUGCUCACACGACACCAACCAUCUCCCUCUCUCGUUUGCUGCGUAAUUUUCCUCGGUGCUUGAACGAGUUCGGGAAAUAAAAGUUAUUGGUCGUUUCUAAGGGUCUGAAGUGGUUGUCAAACUCAUACAUUUUCGAUGUCCCACUCAUAGGUACCAAACUGUCAAAAAUUUUGCUGGAAUUUCCGCUUUACCGCGAACCACCGAAAAGAUGCUCUCUUCACUCCAACAUGAGAAACAGAUAGCAUCACACCAUGCCCCUGGGUCGUUCUCCAUCAUGGAACUGCUGCGACAACACAGUUCACAGUGCUACAUCCAAACAUCUGGAGAGUUAUAAGGUGAACGUGAAGGUCUAAUGAUACCGUCGCGUAGUUAUUUUUCAAUUUGCUUAUUAACUUCCGAUUCUAGUGCCUAUAGCUAUGGGUAUGACUUGUUGUGGACAGCAUUUUCAUCGGUUAUCCUGAUGUCAACUUUAAUUUUUGUUGUGAAUGGUAAAUUCUGAUCUAGGGGUUGGAAUAAAGCUUGCAAUUCUUAAAUUGAAAUCUUGCUCAGCUCGCUUUUCUGAUUAUUGUGCAAAUGAUGGUAAAGGAAUUACAAACUGAUUUUCCAAAACUAAUCUCUCGUUCGAAGUACCUAUGACUGCCCCCUUCAAAGUAUCAGCUGGAUUCUCGGCAUCAUUUCCAGGUUCUUCCCGCUCUUGAUUUUCGAUUUGUCUCAUAUACCUCCUCCUCAUCUUCUGACGGGUAAUAUUCUUCUUGCUCACUAACCUGUGCGUCAUUGUGUGGGUCUUUAUACUGCCAGUAACUAUGUUAAAUAGUCUUGGUCUCUUAAGUUUUUUGGGGUCUGUUGCCAUAAUUUACUUGAUUCGUUCUGGUGGGAGUCUGAAGCGCAGGGCCGGCGCUAGCCGAUUUGUCGCUCCACGCGAUUCCUCAAAAUGGCGCCCACAAAACAAACGAAAAACAACCGGCGUUGCUGUGUACAGAUAUUUUACUACCUACGCACUCGCAAACGCACAGUCUUGUAGCGUCUUUCUGCAUAACCACUCACAAGGCAAACCACUCGUGAGCAGCCAGUUGCCCGUGAGGACUAGUGGUACACUGGGACACAGAUUUUGGAUUACUUUUUGUUUUCAUCUUCAUCUUACGCCCUCCAUUCUACACGCGAGUGGGAGUGCGAGUCCACGCGAGUGAUCGGUAUCAGUUGCUCAGGCUGCAAUGACGUGCGAGAGCUACGCCCGUGGCUGUUAGCUAAAUACACACUCGCAAAAGUCGUUACAGUGCAUGAAUAAACAGGAGCGGGAGUAAACAAGUGUGGGCUUCGCAAAACUAGUCACAGUCAACCGCCAUUUCUUUUAAAUAAUUGUCGGUUUCUUGAAUUAGAAUGAUAAACCUUUAAAAACGAAAAAGUUCUGUUCAUAUUUCCUGUUACUUCAGAAACUUCGUCCUCAUACCUUGCUACUUCAUCGAAGAAGAAUCUGCUGAUUGCGGAUUCUGAAGAUUCGAAAAUCUUUUGAUUGUUGUGUUUUGUUACGAAUAUAUUUUUAUCAGGAGGAGGUUGAGCGCAAACGGAAAGCGAAGAAUGGCGUAGGCGUAUGAAUCAUGCACUGCAGGCACUACUUGGAAUGAUUCUUGAAGUACACUUGUCGAAAUUCGGGAGAGUACGAUGGGUCAAUCACGUCGCAAGAAUACCGGAUGACCGUGCAGUGAAUCUGCUCUCUUUUAGAUCUACGCAUAUGUUGGGUUGGAAGCGAAUAAAAUGUUGGCGGGUCAUUCCGGUCGAGCGACAAAUCCAACAUCUUCUUUUGCCUGCUUGGUUCGUAGCGCUCAUACACAGGCGAAAGUGUUGACCGACCAUGAAUUCACCAACAUUUUCGGCUACUUAUUAGAUGGCUCGACCAUGUUGAAGCCGAUUUGCUGGUAUCGAGAGGCUCAAGGAAUUGACGGCAAAUAGCCCAGAACCCAAUACAUCGGAGAGUAACUCUAGAAACACCACUUGCCAUCCCGGCUUUACGCUGCUAAAGGAGAAGAAAGAAAGUUUUAUAUUAACCACUUAUAUAUUUAAUGCUACAGUUUUUUAUAAUAUAGGCGAAAUGGCGCCCCCUCGACGUGACGCUCCAAGCAGCUGCUUGUUUUGCUUAAGAGAAGCGCCGGCCCUGCUGAAGUGAUUCCUUUGUGGAAUACUGGGUGGUUGGAAAAAUUGCUGCGGCAUUUGUCCUUGCUUGCGGUGGUCAGAAAAUGUUAUUUUGGAAAUUUGGUUGUGCUCUAUUUGGGAAAAUUUGUAAUAGCACAUAGUAUGUUGUCUCUUCUUUAUGCGAAUGGUUGUGCAAUUCUUUAUGGUAAUAUCGGUGGACCAAGUGGAAACAAAUUCCUUGGUGGUACAGCUAUUUCGUGAUGUCUGGGCCUGGUUAACAUUUUACUGCAUUCUACGUUUUGAAACGCAAUGCAACAGUUAUAUUCUGCUGCCAAAGAUGGCUUGUCUUGUCUUAUUACUGUUGUUUCAAUCAAUGCCUUUGAGGCUUCGGGAUGGAUAAACCUAUCAUCGAUUUUAAUCUGGUUUGCUAUUAAGGACAACAAUCUGUUCACUCUAUCGAAAUAUACCUCAAAUGAAUCAUUUUUCUGUUGUACACCUAUCAGCUGGUACUCAAGUGUCUCCAAGUCGCAUUUUUCACCAUAGUAAGUUAACAAUGUUUUCUAUAUUAUGAGUCGUUUGCUGCGUCUCUAAUUUUUCUGCGGAUUUUUUUGCCCUAAAUCUGUGAUUUUUUUUUUUUGAUUCGAAUCGGUAAAGUAAGUGGAUGAUUGUGAUUUGGAGUCGCUUUUUAAAUAUAUUCACUUUCUUUAUUAUCUUUAUUUAUAUUCUGAAAUUAUUUUUUUUGUUAAUGUACUCACAACAAAUUUCCAAACAUCCUGGAGGACUCCUCAGAACUGCGGGAUACGUAAUGUCCUGUUCCGGGCUUCUAACGGUUGGAAUCAGGAACAUUUGGAGUGCGAGUCAAGUAAUCGGGUACUUUUCGGACUUUUUAAAAAAGUCAACCUACUCUUUCGACCGUUUAAUUCAAACUAAUUUAUUAAGAAUUAAAUUUAUUAUCGUACACCUAUGAGCCACGUCCGGCGACUAUCGUACGAUAUAUAAAUUGCUGACUCUGCCAUCGUUCGAUGGUGGCGGCAAUCGUCGUUCCUGCCGUUGUCCAUCCAUCGCCCGGUUGGUGCUGAUCAAACGACAGCGAACGUCCUCAGGUGGCUCCGUAGCGGUAAGAACGGACUUCUUUAAAAAUGACAGAUGCGGAAAAUCUCUAACAGUUCCGCUAUCUGGUCUGGAUUUUGUUCUGAAUAUUCACGAAACUUUAACGAGUAGAGUGAGUCGGUGGUUUCACUUAGCACUUUACACUUUUAAUUCACUUUCACACUGUUGGUCCAUAUUCGGGCACCAGUUAAGAAUUCACUUGUGGAGGAAUUCAAAUAAAAAUUAUAUUUGGGAGCUGUGCUCCGCUUUUAUUGAGCGAUCGAUUAAGACUGGCUAGAAUUCGUUCUUAAGCUAAGAGGUUAACUCUUGGUUAGUAUAGUUCUAGUCAUGAAAACAAUGCGGUUGUUUAUGUUGACUUUCUUCUGAUGCUGUCUUUGGGUGGUCCUAUGGAUGUUUAUGUUGGAUGUCUUGUGAUGCUAUUACUGAGUGACUGUUGACAUUAUCGUGUUCGGGAAUGAUAUUGAUUCGAAGAAAGUGUUGUAAUUUCAUAUCGGGUGCCUGGCAUUUUUAUAUCUGACGUCUGGAAUAUUUUAACAUAUGAAUCUGUUGCUACCUCGUGUGUGCGACAGCGUCUAGUUGUCUACUUUUAGGGAUCGAAUAUCUAAUGGGAAAAAUUAAAUGUCUCGAAUUCAAUGUCUCUGUUGCUGCUUAGGUAUUAAGGCUUAAGCGAUAUUUUUAGUCUAGAUACUAGAUGAGUAGAUUUGUCAGACUUGCAGAGUGCAGACCCUGCAGCUCCUUAUAAAAAGGCAAAUAUCUGCAUAAAUAAACGAGAAAAAUUUGGAUAAAUUCUACAACCUAUAUCCUCGAAAAUAUUUUAUAAUUAUUCAUAUACCUAUUGGUAGUUUUCAUGGAGUUUUAUAAGUUUGGUGCAGAUCUGAGUUCAAAUCUCUUAGUUCUUCAAAGAUUUCCUACAAACGUGUACAAUUUUUGGUAAUUUAUUUUUUUUAUUUUGGCAUGGUCUGGUCAUGGUAUUUGACAAAUGUUUAUGGAUUAGUUGAAAUAAUGCAAAAAGUGGUAUCGCGUAAAUUCGAAUUGAAUCAAUAAAUUCCAAUCAUAGUGUGCAGUCAGAGUGGACUAAUUUUAUAUAACCAUAGCAACGAGAAAUGAGGCGCACUUUUGUGCAUUUCAGAAAAUAGAAGAAAUUUCAAGUGAUUUGUCAGAUUUUUUCGUAUUAGAAGACUCUUCCUUACGCCUUUCAACGGAUACUGUUGUAUAACUCAUACUGAAUUACUGAAUUGAAUUAAUAUGUCUUUCAGUCGAUUUAUAGUUACUUCAAAACUGAUGCAGUAUGGUAUUAUUUCGUGUGCAGAGUGGACCAGUGCAAAAGUGUAUUUUAGUAAUAAAUCGUGAAUUGCAUUUGGGUCUCACCGUCUGAACAUGCAGUUGAAAAUUUCCAAGUUGAAAUUUGCAAGUUCCGAAAAUGAUACUUUUAAUAAUAUAGCGGUGACGCUGAUUUCGAAAUUGAUGAUCUUCCUAAAGAAUCUGGUUUUAUCGAGACAUCGUAAAUGUCGUAAUAGUUUGAAGCUAAUACUAAUUCACAUUUUUUGUCAAAUGAAAGACUUCUAAGCUUGAAGAAUUAUCAAAAAGAAUUUAUAGUUUAAAAACCACUUCGACUGUGUACCGAAUGUAGGAUUAAAUUUUAUCAUUGCAUUCUCCAGUCAUAAUGGACCAAAUCCUAGAAAUAUAUUCUUUGAUUCAGUCAGAGUGGGCCAAAUCAGAACCAGCCAUAAACCACUUUUGUUGUAUUUUGAAACUUGAUUUUCUGCCCGGUAGUGAUACACGACCUGCUUGAAGCUACUGAAGAGUUGUGAAAACAAUUGGCAAGAUCUAUUAAAAGCUAUAAAAACUACAUGGCUUUAAACUUUGAAUUUAUUUUUCUCGAAAUCAGAAAUAUGUCACUUAGUUCAGUUGAACUUAUACUUUUGACUUCUAUAUUCUCAUUUGAUUGCAUAAACCAAGCCGCCAUUUUAGUAUUCAGUCACCAAUCAAGUCUAGGAUCGAAUAUUGACAUGAGAGUAACAUACAUCCAUACUUCCCCAAUUUUCCUACAGAAAUCCGUAAAAUCCAAAUAUAAACACAAAAUCCAAGGCUGUUUGUUAAUCAAUGCAAAGCAAAACAAGAACGUAGUGAUGUCCAGUAAUCGCUCGAUUAAUCGAGUAAUCGAUUACAGCAUGCAAUAGUCGAAUAAUUUCUAAUCGAAUAGCGCCUAACCACAUAAUCGAACUAAUCGAUUACACUCGCAUCGAUUACUGCCACGAAUACUGCUUUUUGAGGUUUAUGCUUGCUGAACUCAAAAUGACGUGAAGCCCAUAUGGUAAUUUUAACGAAAAGCUCAAAUUAAACUUGUCGCGACUCCGAAGCUUACCUUCGUAGUCGCAAUUCGCAAAUUAAAUAUUCGUUGCCAGCCAGCCUUGCCAGCAGUAAACGGUCUCUUUUACUUUUUUGACGGAUUUCCAUGUCAUAAUAUCGAUGAUAUCUUUUAUGUGCGUCACCGUUUUCACGCAAGUUUUGACGGUUUUGACAAUUCGGCAUAGAGAUUCCAUGUAAGUAAAGUGCAAACAAACUUAAAACUCUCUUUGGCAAGGCAAACAGAGACUAAACGCAUUCGCAUGCAUGGAAUUUCGCAUAGAACGAAAAGGUUCAAAUAUCUCUUUCUACAUUUGUCAUCGUGAAUCAUUUUUAAAAUGUUAGUUCUGUUGGUUGGUCCCGCUGGUUUCCGCAUUCCGGUUUUUGUGCUGUUAUUUGAAAUAACUUAUUUUUCAUUCUCAUAGUCACACGGGUACGCGUACAUGUGGAUGUGUUUUCGGCGCGCUAUUCACAUUUUUACGUCCAAAAGUGAGUUUAGAUCGGGAUUAAUUUCGACCGUUUUACACUUCUGAAGUAAACGCAAUCAAUACGCAAAGCUUGUGUAUGAUGAGCGAUAAAUCUUCAGUAGGAAAACUUAAAGCCAUAGUGAGCGCAGCGUGGAAAUAUUUUAAUAACAUUUCAAAAUGAUUUUGAUUUGAGCUUUGGUUUGGAUUUGGGCCAAAGCUUUUUUGAAAAUUCAUUAGUCAAAUUUCGACAACUACUGCGUACUAAACUGCUUCUCUAUGGUAAAUGGUUGAAUAAUGCGCUCCAGAACCACCAUGAGAUUCCACAGCCUCUUAUUCAGCAACUCCUAUCUCUACCUCCUCGUGGUACCAUACGUUACUUAGUGGAAAUCGGACAACCGGUGGGAACUAGGGUCGUAUGCGGACAGAGAAAGGGGCACUCAUGCGAAGGCUGAAAUGUAAACUCUCCGCCUGCAGGACGGUUCUCUCGACUCCCAGGAACUAAAGCAGAGGGUCUAAAGCCCCUAAAGGAGAUGGUUGUAAUAGCUGAUAUCCAUGGCUAUUAUGUAAAAACUUGAAUGGAUAAACCCCUAAUCCAAGGUGUGACGCGACCCGUGCCGAGGGAUGAAUGGUGGACGGGGUUCUAUAAAUUCUCUCGCCGCAACGGAGUCUGUGGAGUACCAGGGCGGCCUCCACUGCAAUUUGCCCUUGCUGCAUCAAGCCGGUCACUGAUGCAGUGGAUGAUUUCUUACCGUGCAAGCUCUGUCUGCCGAAAAAACAAACAAACGAAUGAGGUGGAGAGGAGAACAGGAGACUUGAACGAGUAUCGAGUAUCCACCCCUGGGUUACUCAAAAGUUGCCGAGUCUCAAUAAGAGGUCUUGCGACAGGACAUUGUCAGGACAUCAUCUUCGGAAUCUCGGUUUCGUACAAAAUGAUAUUUAACCUCGGAACACUUGCUCUGCCAUCAUGGAGCACAAAUAAUAUGCAGACUGCAGUAUCUCAACAAGGGGAGAUCUGGUUUGCGUCGCCGAUUAGGGUAACUAGGUUCAUAAACCUAGUCAUGCUUGAGGCACAUAUCUCGCUCCAACUACCGGCCUGUCACUUCCUCAAUAAGUGAUAGGUAAGCUUGAAGUGUAUAGUAAAAUAAUAAAACGGGGCAUACCACAACAAUCCAAAAUAAUGGACGCAGUGGUAAGAGUUCCCAACAGAGGAGAAGAAGAAACAGGUUCUCAGUUUACAGAUAGAACUUGUUUUUACAGGACAGGUCUGUAAUAACUAAAGCGAGGAUACCAUUUUCAAGAUUAAACGAUACUUAUAAGUUGUUGCUAUCCAAUGAAGCAAUAGCGCACGUAAUACAAGCCGUAAGUAAGUCAGUGAAGUUCUCCCACAACGGACUUUGUUUAUUUAGAGUUCCAAAUAAUACACCCCCAAGUUGGUCGCACCAGCUUUGUUGGAUGAGUUAUCCAACAUACAGAUAAAAAGUUAUUUUCAUUGAAAAUAAUUUUACAAAUAAAAACACGGAUUUCAAUGAAUUUUUAUCUAAAAAUACCAGAAACCAUCUGCCGUCAACAAUCCCAAAUCUAUCAACAGCAAGAGAGUUACAAUGCAACGGUGUUCGAUUUUUACUACGCUUUAUCCAUCACCUAUACUGCCGCUACUCGCAUAA